AACCCUUCAUCAUCAUCCUCCUCCUCCUCCUCCGUUUAGUCUGCUGCUCACAUCUCGCCAGCAGGAGUGUUUGUGGUUGUGUAGAAGUCUGCUCCGGUAAAUCUGCGGUUCGUUUCUUCUUUGUUGUGAGCGAACAGAGAGGACCAGCAGGGAGACAUGAUGAGCCACAAGGAGCGACGGAGCGUCAAUUUUAAAGCCUUACUGAGGAAGAACUGGCUCCUCAUCGCCACCGUGGUGUCGGUGCUGCUCGGGAUUGGUUUGGGCGUUGUGGUCAGAGAGUAUGCGACCCUCUCCCAUCUUGACAAACAGUACUUUGGCUUCCCAGGAGAGAUCUUGAUGCGGAUGUUGAAACUGAUCAUCCUCCCUCUCAUCAUUUCCAGCAUGAUCACAGGUGUGGCAGCCCUGGACUCUGAGGUGUCAGGAAAGAUUGGCCUCAGAGCUGUUGUUUAUUACUUCUCCACAACUAUCAUUGCUGUUAUCCUGGGAAUUCUUUUGGUGAUGACCAUCAAGCCGGGUGUGUCACAGGAAGCUGAGACCAUCGACCGGACUGGGACCACUCCCAACGUCACUACAGUGGACACAAUCCUGGACCUCAUCAGAAACAUGUUUCCAGAAAAUUUGGUGCAGGCUUGUUUUCAGCAGUACAAGACGAAGCGGAAAGAGGAGGAGGAGAGGAAAGAUCCUGUCAGCACCACCACACUUCCACCCCUCACCACCACCAUCACAGCUAUCAUGGAGAACAUCACAAAGGAAUAUAAACUCAUUGGGAUGUAUUCAGACGGGAUCAACGUGUUGGGCCUUAUCGUGUUCUGUGUUGCUUUUGGUCUUGUCAUCGGGAAGAUGGGUGAGAAGGGUCGGAUCCUGCUGGAGUUCUUCGACGCCCUGAAUGAAGCCACCAUGAAGCUGGUCCAGAUCAUAAUGUACUACAUGCCUGUUGGUAUCCUGUUUCUGAUUGCUGCAAAGAUCAUUGAAGUGGAAGACUGGGAGAUCUUCAAGAAGAUGGGGCUUUAUAUGGUGACUGUGCUGAGUGGUCUAGCGAUCCACGCCAUCGUCUGCCUGCCACUCAUCUAUUUCAUCAUCGUGAGGAAGAAUCCCUACACCUUCACACUGGGCAUGGCUCAGGCCCUGGUGACGGCGCUCAUGAUCUCCUCCAGCUCCGCCACGCUGCCCGUCACAUUCAGGUGUUCUGAGGAGAACAAUCAUAUUGACAAGAGGAUUACCCGCUUUGUGCUGCCAGUGGGGGCCACCAUCAACAUGGACGGCACGGCGCUCUACGAGGCAGUGGCCGCCAUCUUUAUUGCUCAGCUGAAUGACUACGCUUUGGAUGUGGGCCAGAUCGUUACCAUCAG